AUGUCAGCUCCAAGCAGACAGGAGAAUUAUGAAUUCCGUCUGUACAAUAAGAAGCCCGACUUGAUGGGCCAGAAGUGUGCUCUUCCCUGGAUCCCAGAGGAAGAUUUUGACAAGAUCAUUGAGGAAGACCUUUUCGGCCUCACAGACGCAACCUUGUCAACCGGAGAAACAAUAAAGACAGAGAAGACUCCCAAGCGGUCCUCUACAGUCAUCCGCAAGGAGCUUGCGGAGAAAGCUGCGGCUGAGGUCAAAGCCAAGGGAGGAGAGGCUAUGCUGCGAGUGGACGGACUCAAACGCCCUUAUUCCCGCAAACGGGAAGAGGCGUCUAGAAUCCAGCAGCUGGAGGCGGAUCUAGAGACGGCCAAACAGCGGGAGAGUGAUGCUGAGACGGCCCAGAAGAAGGCAGAGGAGGCCCGGAAGAAGGCAGAGGAGGCCCGGAAAAAAGCUGAUGAGGCGCACAAGAAGGCCCAGACGGACUUUGGCACACUUCAGGGUGUUUCUGAAGAGAACACCAACCUGAAGACCAAGGUUGAGAAGCUAGAGAAGGAGGCUGCUCAAGCUCAGAAGAACUUUGCAGUAACCCUGGAGGCGGAGCAGAACCGCCUUGUUGCUGAGAGUGACGCUGACAAUGACGCCUGUUUGAAGAUCGCCUGGGCUGCCUUGUACCCAAACGCGGAUUACAGCGUCUGGGCACUGGCUCACAGCUAUGCCGAGUACGUGGUGUACUUAAGGGAUAGAGGCGAGCCAGAGCCUGACUCUUUUGAAGCCUGGGUCAACUCCAACAACGAGCCUUCCGCGCCUCAGCUACCUAGUCCGGGUGAAGCACAAGAUAUACCCUUAGAUGACGAGGAGGAGGACCAGGAGGCACCGUCUGCAGGCAAGAAGUGA